AUGCAAGGCUUCACACUUCAAUCACUCGUCCGGCCUCUGCUCUGGUUGCUGACAUCUCCCUCCAGAUUUGAGCCAAGCUUGACAUUCUAUCUCGUUCGAGUGGUCGACCUCCUCCUGUUUCGUUGCUCGUUACUUGAUCCCUUGAGGACUGAGAACUUGAGCUGUAAUCCCGUUGGGAAUUAA